GGCCUGAUAAUAAUAAUAAUAAUAAAGUUUUUGAAAUAACCUCCGAUGCCAUUGCACAGCCUCAAAACCAGGUGCCUUCCAUAUCUGCGCCGUGCCUCGUCGCCCCAACCUCAAUCUUCUCGAAGGCCGUGCAUUUGAUAACCAAACCCACGACAGUUGCGCCUCCCCUCCUCCUAAGCCACCCCUUUACCAACUAACAAACCAUUACUCGAAACCAUUCGCGCGCCUGAUUGUGUCUUCAGGAGGACAAAACCGGUGGUUGCUGCUCAUAUCGAGUCUUCCGUAUGUGGUGAGUAAAGAUAUCUCUGAUUGCUUUUUCUCGGGAUUGUUGGUGGAGAUGAAGUACUUGAGGCCUUUGAAUUUGUUCCAUGAUAUCCUUAAGAGAAAAGUUUCAGAACGAGGUCGUUUGCUUGGUUUGGAUGUGGGUGAUAAAUUCGUUGGGCUGGCUGUUUCAGACUCAAAUAAUAAGAUUGCCUCACCUUUAAGUGUUUUGGUUAGAACGAAAACAAAUAUUGAUUUGAUGGCUGGUGAUUUUCAAUGCCUGAUCUCAGAAUAUAAUUUAAAAGGCUUCAUCAUUGGCCAUCCUUUCAAUAGACGACAGAGCUCUGCUGACGCUAUACAAGUGAAGCUUUUCAUUGAUGAGCUCUGUAAGACAGGAAAACUUGAAGGUUUAGAGUACACAUAUUGGGAUGAGUCCUUUACAUCAAAGAAUGUGGAAUUGCUUUUAAAGCCUUUGAAUUUGCAUCAAGUUGAGACAAAGACAUUGCUUGACAAGUUUGCUGCUGUUGGGAUAUUGCAGGGGUAUCUAGAUUAUGUGAAUAGAAAGGUGAAAUUGGAAACAAACUAGUGAAGAUGAGACUAAUUUCCAGAUGGCUGUAUGUGGAGGAUAUUGCAUAAAUGCAGAAUGGGAUACCAUUUCAAAGCUAGCAGAUUCUGUUGAUCAAAUUACAUAUGUGCUUACAGGAUAUACUCAAUUGUUGUACUACAGCUUAAUAUUUUAUUAUUUGUGAAUCAGGAAAUUGUGGUGACACUAUUGACAUUUGUUCUGGUUGAAAUAUAAUUAAUUACACAUCUCACCUAGGAAGAAAAAAUUUAACUGAAA